AUGUCUCAAUCACAGUCCGAUCGCUCCCCAUACUAUGACAUUGUCAUUGUUGGAGCUGGCCCGGUCGGCCUCAUGCUCGCAACAUGCCUUGCUCGCUGGGGUUACAAGAUCAAGCAUAUCGAUAACAGAGCUGAGCCGACCCCUACCGGUCGAGCCGAUGGCAUUCAACCACGCUCUCUGGACCUUCUUCGCAACAUGGGUUUAAAGUCAGCAAUCAUGGCUCAUCACCCAGCUCGCGUCUAUGAAGUUGCAUUCUGGGAUCCAGCUUCUUCAGGAAAGGGUAUCGCCCGGACUGGAACAUGGGCCAGCUGCCCUGAUUUUAUUGACGCUCGAUACCCUUUCACAACCUUGUUGCACCAAGGUCUGAUCGAGCGUGUUUUUAUCUCCGACCUCGAGAAAAAUGGAGCACAAGUCCAACGGCCAUGGACAAUCAAGGGUUUUACAUCCGAUGAGAAGUCCAACCCCGAAUACCCCGUCACUGUCGAAUUGGAGCAUGUCGAUGGUACUGCCCAGGAGACCAUUCACGCCAAGUAUCUGUUUGGUGGCGAGGGUGCAAGGUCAUUUAUCCGCAACCAGCUUGGCAUUGCCGUUCACCACAAGGAUCCCAUCGCCCAUGUGUGGGGUGUCAUGGACGGUGUCGUGAAAACCGACUUCCCUGAUAUCAAGAUGAAAUGUACCAUCCAUAGUGAGCACGGCUCCAUUAUGGUUAUUCCGCGAGAGGACAACAUGGUCCGUCUUUAUAUCCAGAUUGCAUCGUCUACAGAUCCCGAUUGGAACCCCAGACGAACAGCCACCGAGGAGCAAGUGCAAGAAUCGGCAAAGAAGAUCUUGCAGCCUUACUCUAUUGAGUGGGAGCGCGUCGAGUGGUACUCUGUCUAUCCUAUCGGACAAGGCAUUUCAGAACGAUACACACUGGACCAGCGAGUCUUCCUUGGUGGAGAUGCUUGCCAUACACAUAGUCCCAAGGCCGGUCAGGGAAUGAACACGGCAUUCCUUGAUGCCCAGAACCUUGCUUGGAAGAUCCACGCCGUUGAAUCCGGUUUCGCCAGCAGGGAAGUCCUCAAGACAUACGAAACGGAACGCAAGCAUGUCGCUGAGUCUCUCCUCGAUUUUGAUAACCGAUAUGCGAAGCUCUUCUCUCAGCGACCACCCGCAGCUGCUGAGGUCCAGGCAGCGUCAGCCAACCAUGGAAAGAACGAUGGCCAAGAUAACGAGUUCAUCAAUGCUUUCAAGGAGUCGUGCGAGUUCACCAGCGGUUACGGUGUUUACUACAAGCCAAACGUCUUCAACUGGUCACCAGAACAUAAUGCACAAUCUCCACUGAUUCACCCCAAGGGGACUAAGCUACGAACCGGCCGCCUUUUUAUCAACUCGAAUGUAACGAGAGUAGUUGACGCCAACGUUGUGCAUUUGGAGCAGGAAGUACCUUUAAACGGCGCGUUCCGAUUGUUUGUUUUUGCAGGUGUCCCAUCAAAGACCCGCCAGGCUUUGAAAGAUUUCGCCAAUCAUCUCGGUAGCCAGCGGUCGUUCUACGCAGCUUAUCAGCGGCCCGAUCUCGACAAGGUAUCAUACCACGAGAAGCACCUCCCACACAGCCGAUUCUUUACUAUCUCUACGAUUUUUUCGUCCAAGAGACCUGAAAUCGAAAUCUCUCGCGAUGUGCCUGGAGUGCUUGCCCGGUAUAGGGACCAUGUUUACGCUGAUGACCGGUCCGAUGCACGAUUCCCUCGGGCGAAGGCUGUAGCCCAUGCCAAAAUGGGCCUUGAUGAAGAGCUUGGUGGAGUGGUCGUUGUCAGACCUGACGGAUACGUAGCAAUCGUGGUCAGCCUUGUAGAAGGUAGCGGAACAGUGGAUGCUUUGAACGAAUAUUUCUCUACCUUUUGCACAAAGAAGUUGGGACCUACUUUGGCACAGCUGUAA